GUUGCCGGAUGAACGUCAUUUCCGCUCGCGCCCCUAAAGCGUCUCGUUGCAUGGAAACAGCCUUAACUGAAACUCACUAAGAGGAGAGAGAUGGGCAGCUGAUUUAUUUAUACAUUAUUUACAAAGGAGAUUAUGAUUACGUUUCUUUUCUAUGUAUCGGUUUGUUAAUAGAGCUGUUGAAUAUGCUUUACUGUGAUAUAACACUUAAAUACGAGCACGUUAGCUUGCUAGCCGGUCCUGCUAUAUAAAUACCGAAAUGCUAGCCAGCUAAAGCUAACUGCUGGGAGCUCAGUGAAUAGAGAUUUAUGCAAAUAACAAAAAAGGUUUUUUUUUUAAUAUCGUUCCUGAGAGAGAGAGAGAGAGAGAGAGAGAGAAUUCAUGUUCUCUCUCCAGAUUAGUGAACUAGUUACAGAAAUUAGAGGAUUAAAGUUUAAUCCAGGUAAAUAACUAGCUGCCAUAUUAGCAGGGUUAGAUAUCCAAGUAUCCACACUGCCUGGGCUUCUGAGCUUGUUAUCUAAUACUGGAGCAGAAGAACAUGGCGGGUGAUAUGAAGCGCAUUCCUGAGCUGGAGCAGGAGAAAUAUGACUCCGAUGAGCAGGUGAAGAUUAUCUGCCUCGGGGACAGUGCAGUGGGGAAAUCCAAGUUAAUGGAAAGAUUUCUUAUGGAUGGAUAUCGCCCUCAGCAGCUGUCCACCUAUGCACUGACCUUAUACAAAUACAGCACCACUAUCAACGGGAAGUCUGUGCUGGUCGAUUUCUGGGACACCGCUGGACAGGAGCGCUUUCAGAGCAUGCACCCAUCAUACUACCACAAAGCACACGCUUGUAUCAUGGUUUUUGAUGUCCAGAGGAAAGUAACAUACAAGAAUCUUUCCAACUGGUAUAAAGAGCUGCGAGAAUACAGACCUGAAAUUCCCUGUUUGGUGGUGGCUAAUAAAAUAGAUGCCGACAUGAGAGUGACACAGAAGAGUUUUAACUUUGCCAAGAAGCAGGGACUACCUUUCUACUUCGUAUCUGCUGCUGAUGGAACCAACGUGGUCAAGGUUUUCAAAGAUGCUAUAAACAUGGCUUUGUCUUACAAGAAGAACUCCAGCGACUUUAUGGAUGUAGUCAUGAGAGAACUGGAGAACUUUGACUUGGAGGGAAAAGAAGAGUCGGCUGACGAAGACGAAGAAGAGGGAAGAGCAGACUGACGUUCUCGGCGUGCGGUGGGAUUAGGGAUCGGGAUUAGAGUGCUGUUCAAUUCACGGCUGCUCACCAACUGUCCUGAGGAGUUUACAAGCUGUACGAAUGAAACCAGUUGGGACAAAGCUCUACCUCAUGUGUUAGAUCCAUCUCUGUGACCUGCUACAUUGGAUAUUCAGCGCAUAGAAUAGACUGUCAUCAAUUCUUGUGUGGCUUUAGGUCUUAGAAACAUACUAUACAAGAAGAGUGUAGGGAUUAUAGGUAUAGUGAUGUGUGGGUUUUUCACAGAUAUUUCAUAUUCUGGACGCAGCUGUUUAAGAAGGCGAGUUGGCAGCCGUGGUGUAAUCUCACACCGUGUGUGUGUGUGUGUGUAAAUACAUAGCAGUGAAGAGAGACCCUGCUAUUUUAUAUGUUUUUUGUUUUUUUUCCCUCAUCAGUGAUAUCACCUUGAUAACACUAUUGACAUUUUGCAUCAUUUUGGUAGUAUUUAUAUCAUGGGAAUUUAUGUUACUUGAAUCACAUUUUUUAAUUUUCAGUACAUGAUCAUUCAGAUCCAGCAUUAUUAUAAGGAUGUAUAAAUAGCUCAUCAUUUUGCACAAACUGUGAAAAGAGUGUGAAAAAAUGUGGCUGGUUGUAGAAAUCACACACACACACAUGUUGUCUUCUGUCUGAUGUGACAUUUAAGUAAAUAGGAAAUUUUCUGUAUUGUGUGUGUGUGUGGUACUGGAAAUGCACUCGUAUUGUGGCAGCAUAUUAACACAUCCUUCAGUGUUCAUUUAAGAGCAUCCUGGUAUGUGCUGCAAUUAAACACUGUUGCUUUUAUUUAGCUCCUGUGUAUGGUGUGGCUUGAUGUCCUGUAGGCUGGCUGUGACAGUAUAAUCAGCACUGUUCGUCUCGCCAGACCGCAUAAUCAGAGGGUAAAACUCAGAGGAGUUUAUGUUUUUGUUAGACUUACAGUGCUGCAUUAUCAUGUAGUGUCAUGUUUGGUACUCACUUCUUUUUAGAGUCCAGGGUCAGCUGUGUCAAAUGUUACCUG